UUGAGCAAAACUUUUUUUGGGGGGACUGAAUCCAUGUUGAGAAAUAGACAAAAAAUGCGCGUGGGACGGGCCCGCGCUUCGAGGCUGUUGUAAUACGCAGUAGGUCUGUCGGUAAAGUGAAGCUCUCGGUUUGGGUUUUUUAAUUGUGUUCCUCUCAGUGAUGUGACGAGACCCCCGACCAGGACGAUGAGCAACAACGACAUCUUCGAGCUGGACUCCCUGUGUGAGGCAGACGCGUUGGAGGGCGAUACUGUCCUGGGCAUGAUAGACGAAGACGUUGUUUACCCCGAGGAGUUUUUACCAACAUACCACAUUAUUAAAGAAGGAGCAACCGUCAAGAAAGCCCUCCUGGCUGAGUUUAAUGACAAACCCGACUCCUUGUUCUUCAAUGACGGCGUGAGGAGGAUCGACUUCAUCCUGGCCUACGAAGAUGAGGAUAAGAAGGAUUUUGAGAAGAGGCACACGUUCCAGCGGCGCAAGAGGAGGCGAGAGUACUUUGAGGCCAGCCUGAUGAAGAUGGGAAUGGAGCUGGAGGCCAUCAAAUCUGUAGUAGAUGAGAACCUUCUGUUUGUGAAAGUCCACAUGCCGUGGGACGUGCUGUGCACCUACGCCGAGGUGCUGCACAUCAAGCUCCCCAUCCAGCCCAACGACCUGUCCUCGCGCCCCUCCCCGUGGCGCUUCUUCUCCUGCAUCACCAAGCACUUCUACCCCAACGAGGCGCUGAUCACCAAGGAGACGGAGUUCUUCACCGCCCCCUUUGAGAAGGACCGCCUGGAUUACUUCUACGUGAGGGACAGAGACGUCUUCUUCACCUCGUCUAUGAGGAGCAGGAUGGCAUAUUACAUCCUGAGUCGUGCGCCCUAUGAAAUACGAGGGAACAGUAAGAAGUUUGGCAUCACCAAACUUUUGGAUGGAGGAGUGUACAAAGCUGCUUAUCCCCUCCACGACUCCAGGUUCAAUGUCAAGUCCCAAGAGGAGAGCUGCCCCAACGAGAGGUUUCUGCUCUAUGAGGAGUGGGCUCAUCCCAAAAGCUUCUACAAGAUGCAACCACUGAACCUCAUUCGGAAGUAUUAUGGGGAGAAGAUUGGCAUCUACUUUGCCUGGUUGGGCUUCUACACAAUAAUGCUGGCUCUGGCUGCCGUUGUGGGACUGGGUUGUUUCAUUUAUGGAUACAGGACUCGGGACACCAGCACCUGGAGCAUAGAGGUGUGCGACCCUGACAUUGGAGGGAACAUUGUGAUGUGUCCGCAGUGUGACAAAGAAUGCAAAUAUUGGAGGUUGAACAGCACGUGCGAAGCAUCGAAAAAACUUUGCAUAUUUGAUAACUUUGGAACCUUGGUGUUUGCAGUUUUCAUGUCAAUCUGGGUCACUUUGUUCCUGGAGUUUUGGAAGCGCUACCAGGCGGAGCUGGAGUACACGUGGGACACUGUGGAGUUUCUGGAGCAGGAGGAGCCACCUCGCCCAGAGUAUGAAGCAAAGUGCAUCUAUGAGAGGAAGAACCCUAUCACAGGGGUGAAAGAAACCGUGCCCUACACCGCCUGCGGACGAUGUCUUCGGUUGUCGAUAGGAAUUGGGACAGUCUUAUUCUGGAUUCUGUUGAUCCUGGCGUCCAUUGUGGCCAUCAUUGUUUACCGCCUGGCUGCCUUUUUCGCCUUCUCGGCUAAACUCCGAGUUCAGGACUUGAAGGAACUGGAGCCCUUAAAGGAGUAUGUGACGCCUCAGAUGGCCACCUCAGUCACAGCCUCCCUCAUCAACUUCGUUGUGAUUAUGAUCCUCAACGUUCUCUACGAGCGGGUCGCCAUCUGGAUCACAGACUUUGAGCUGCCGCGGACCAAGACCGACUACGAGAACAGCUUGACCCUGAAGAUGUUCCUCUUUCAGUUCGUCAACUAUUACUCCUCCUGUUUCUACAUCGCCUUCGCCAAAGGGAAAGCGGUUGGCUAUCCCGGGGAUCCUGUUUACCUCUUGGGAAAAUACCGUAACGAGGAGUGCGAUCCCGGCGGUUGUCUGAUUGAGUUGACGACUCAGCUCUCGAUCAUCAUGGGCGGAAAAGCCAUCUGGAACAACAUCCAAGAGGUCUUGCUGCCGUGGGUGAAAAAUUUAAUUUCCCGCUUCUACACUCGUGGGCGUUCAGAGAAGGUGAUUCCUCGCUGGGAGCAGGACUACCGGCUGCAGUCCCUCCCAAAACUAGGACUCUUCUAUGAGUAUCUGGAGAUGGUCAUCCAGUUUGGCUUUGUGACCCUGUUCGUCGCCUCCUUCCCUCUGGCGCCGAUCCUGGCUCUGGUCAACAACCUGUUUGAGAUCCGGGUCGACGCUUGGAAAAUCACCACUCAGUUUCGACGCAUCGUCCCGGAGAAGGCCCAGGACAUCGGCGCCUGGCAGCCCAUUCUUCAAGGCGUCGCUAUAUUGGCUGUCGCAACAAAUGCCAUGAUCAUCGCUUUCACAUCCGACAUGAUUCCACGGUUGGUCUACUACUGGUCUUUCUCCGUCUACCCAUAUGGAGAUCACCUUAACAACACCAUGCAGGGCUACAUCAACAGCUCGCUGUCUAUAUUCAACAUCAACGACUUCUCCAACCAUAGCAAGCCCUUGAAGACCCCUUACAACAUCACCACCUGCAGGUAUCGAGAUUUCCGGUAUGCUCCUGGGCACCCGAAGCAGUACGAGUACACAAUCUACUACUGGCAUGUGAUCGCUGCCAAAAUGGCUUUUAUAAUCGUUCUCGAGCACAUUGUUUACAUGACGAAGUUCAUCCUGGCCUACGUGAUCCCGGACGUCCCGUACGCCGUGAAAGAACAGAUCAAACGAGAGAAGUACUUGACCCAGGUUGUCCUCCAUGAGACCAAUCUCAAGCUGGUGACCAAGCGUCGGAAACCAAUCGAUGACGGGAUUGUCAAGUUUGCAGAGGUGAACCUGAUAGGGGAGGAGAUGGAUUUCGAUGACUGAAAGAAAAAUGUUAUCAGACAAUAAGGCCAAUACAUACAAUCUGUUAAAAUACUGACCAACACCUUGUGAACCGGUAACAACAUUAAGACCUGGAACAAGGUAUGGACUUUAAAGGACUGAAGGACAAAGAAAGGAGAGAGCACUUGAAUAGUCUUCACCCCGGUCUACUGUCCUCACACUCUGGACUCUCAUCAGGUGGGAGCGUGCAAAAGAAAAGGAACAGUGCAUCUCGCCUCAAUCGCCGCUCAGUGUCUUUUUUAUGUCUUUUCAUUUUACUUUACGCUCAUCAUAGCAGACAGGUUGACGUAUUGCAGCUGCCACAAACGAAGUGUAGGACAAUCAAAUCACAUGGCAGUUUUUCUCACGCCCUCAUCAACUAGAGUUGGAGUUGAAUUUGUGCAAAUCUGAAGCCAGUAUUGAAUUUUAAUCUUCUUGGAUAUAGAUUUUAAACAAUUUUAAACAACAUGACGUGUUAUCUAAACACAGAAAACUCAGUUAGAAUAACACUCAGUAAGCUAAAUGAAUGGAUGCGAUGAUUAGUCCAACCUGGUUUGGCUGUCGCAGCAAAGAGAAAUAUGUUAAGCUUAAUAUCAGCAGAAAAUACAACUAAUCAAAACAGUCUGACUCAAGUCUUUCAGGGCUUCCAACAGUAUCACAGGUUCUUACUUGACAGAUUGAAUUUUGCUUUUUUGUCAAAACAUUUGAUGGAUAUUUUUGACUGUCUUCUCUUCUCGUUGAAUGACUAUAUGGAAUUUUGACUUGGCUAUACCAGCACUGCAGCGCGUCACACCGUUGAAAUAUUAGUAUUAUAUGACAGAAAUGCACCACUUUUGAAUGCAAUGUUGAUUUUUUUUUUUACACUUCCAUUUCUGUUACUCGAACUAAAGAGCCGAGGUGAUCCUCACAAUGUUACACACGUUUUGAGAUAGCAUAGACAUGGACCAACUGACCUAAAGCCACGUAUAGUGACUACUCCUGUUGCAUUGUUUGGAGGGAAUUCAACUAAAGUUCAAAUUACAGCCAAUUCAGAAAGUACAUUUAUUUGACAAUUCCAAAGGGAUGCAAUGUAAAAGGUUUACAAACCACAACAGUGAUUUAAAACUGAAUGAUAUUUUAGCAUUACAGCAAAUGCUAUUCAGUUUAGCCAAUAAUUUGUAUUAAAUGAAUUCAUAUUCAUUUAGUUGACAAUGGAAGUGUAGUCUAUCUCCUUCUGUCUUCAUGUACUCUCAUCCACUGUACUGUUAUGCACUUUUUACUGACCAAAUUCCACUCCUCUGCCAUGACCACUGCAAUGUGCAACAUGUUGAGCUGCAUGUUAUAUCCUGUGAUUUAGACAAAAAAUUCAGUCUUUUCUUGUGUCAUUGCUGAAAUCGUAGAUCAACACCUCUACUGCAUUAUUUCCUCGCCUUGUGAUUCAAACUAUGGUACUAUUUCCAACAUGUAUGCCAACGGUAUCGAUUACCAGCCAUAUAUUAUGAUGCAUGUGUCUUGCCUUUUUGUUUUAUAUCAUAUGCCUUGAAAUGUGUAUUCAUUCUUAAUUUAAAGAUUAUUCAAGAAUUAAAACAAAAACUUUCCCCUA